GUCGUCGAGGAUCGGCGAUCUGACGACGAGAGAGAGUUAAGACGCAAAGAGAGGAGCAGUACUAAUCGCACUUACCACCGUCGACAUACAUCGCAACCGAGGGGAUACGAAGAAGGGACGACAACGCAUGUUCCCAGUGGCAGUUCUUCAUAUACAAAUAGCAACGCACUAUCACUCCAUUUUGAUGCUUCGCUUUCAAUCCAUGAUCAUGCUGCGCGUCCUUUGACAGGCGCCGGGGGUGGGAAUGUCGAUGGCCCACAGAUCAUCGCUCCUACUCCAGUCGUUGGCGGGCCUAAUAUCGUGCAUAUGUGGGCUAGUCGCACAUAA